AUGACCACUCGCCGGAAAAAUCACAUCUCCAAGCCAAAUCCAAAAUAUAACUACUCUGCCCUCUUAGCGACCUCCUUCCCAACUGAGCCAAGGACCCUCAACCAAGCACCCAAGGACCGGCGAUGGAGAGGCGCCAUGUCCACUGAAAUUGAUGCAUUUGCUGUUAAUCGUACCUUUAAUUUAGCGCGGCUCGUUGCCAAAGGAUACAACCAGGAGCAUGGAUCUGACUAUAUCGGCACCUUCAGUCCAGUGGUCAAAGGCACGACCAUUCACACUGUUCUUGACAUCACCGUCUCCCGCUCAUGGCCUCUCUUACAACUCGACGUCAACAAUGCCUUUCUCCAAGGCACUUUAACGGAGGAAGUUUAUAUGGACCAGCCUCCAGGGUUUGUCGAUGCUGAUCACCCUGAUUAUGUGUGUCGCCUCAACAAAGCGGUUUACGGAUUGAAACAAGCACCCCGCGCCUGGUACACCGAACUCAGCACUUUUCUUGUUAGUCUCGGAUUCACCAACUCUUUAGUAGAUACAUCUAUGUUUGUCUUGAAGACUGGCGUUGACUUUAUCUAUCUCUUAGUCUAUGUGGAUGACAUCCUCAUCACUGGAAGCAGCACACCAGGGAUCAAUCGAGUGCUUCAACAGAUAGCUGAGAGGUUCUAA